CUCUUCUUAUCAAGUCAAGCAUAAACAAAAGGAAAGUAAAAUAUGUUCAAUUUCAUUUCUUCAUUCAUCAUAUCAUCACUCUCACCCAAAUGACUCAUCAUUAACACCUUUUCUCUUCAAUUCAUCCCAAUCUAAAAAAAAACUCUAUUCUUCUUCUUCUUCACCCCCUUUUUCCACAUCGCCACCGCCACCAAACCCUAUCUCCACUCACUUUACUUUCCUACCAUCUCUAGAUCCAACCAUCACAGUAGUAGUGUUUGAUUGCAGCAUCCAAUAUAAAAUAUUGGAUGUGAAAUAAAGAGAAGGUUGUUUUGGUGGUGAAAUGAGGGAUGCUAUCAACGUUGAUGGACUUUCUAACUGCCUGUUGGCGGAGAAGAUCUUCGGACAGAAAAUCAUCCGAUGUUUGCGGAAAGAAAGAAGGUCUGCUGUGGUACAAAGAUGCUGGACAGCAUCUCUUUGGUGAUUAUUCCAUGGCGGUUGUGCAGGCUAAUAACCUGCUUGAAGAUCAGAGUCAGAUUGAGUCUGGUCCUCUUAGUUUUCUAGAUACUGGUCCUUAUGGUACUUUUGUUGGUGUUUAUGAUGGUCAUGGUGGUCCUGAGACUUCUCGCUUCAUUUGCGAUCAUCUUUUUCAGCAUUUAAAACGAUUUGCGACGGAGCAUAAGUCUAUGUCUGUGGAGGUUAUUCGGAAGGCGUACCAAGCCACAGAAGAAGGUUUUCUGGGAGUGGUUACUAAGCACUGGCCUAUGAAUCCUCAGAUCGCUGCUGUGGGUUCUUGUUGUUUGGUCGGUGUGAUUUGUGGUGGUUCCCUCUACAUUGCAAACCUCGGUGAUUCCCGUGCUGUUCUUGGGCGGGCUGUCAGGGCAACUGGGGAGGUUUUGGCAAUCCAGCUUUCGCCGGAGCAUAAUGUGGCCAUAGAGUCUGUUAGACAAGAGAUGCAUUCCUUGCAUCCGGAUGACCCAAAAAUUGUCGUUCUAAAGCACAACGUGUGGCGGGUGAAGGGUCUAAUACAGAUUUCUAGAUCCAUUGGUGACGUAUACCUUAAAAAGGCAGAAUUUAACAGGGAACCACUGUAUGCUAAGUUUCGCCUUCGGGAAACUUUUAAAACACCAAUUUUGAGCUCUGACCCAUCAAUAUCUGUUCAUGAACUACAAGAGCAUGAUCAAUUUCUGAUAUUUGCCUCUGAUGGUCUUUGGGAACACCUUAGCAAUCAGGAUGCUGUUGAUAUAGUUCAAAACCACCCUCACAGUGGGAGUGCUCGGAAGCUGAUCAAAGUGGCUUUGCUGGAAGCAGCCAAGAAAAGAGAGAUGAGGUACUCUGAUCUGAAGAAAAUUGACCGAGGUGUCCGUCGUCAUUUCCACGACGACAUCACCGUUGUAGUUAUAUUUCUUGACUCGAAUCUUGUCAGCAGAGCAAGCACAGUAACAGGCCCCCCUGUGUCACUGAGGGGAGCUGGUGUUCCCCUACCGUCUAGAUCUCUGGCACCAAUGGAACUUCCAGGUCCUGGCUGAUGUGGCUGUAUGAUCUGUUACCUUUGUGUGUAGUGUUGUACUUUACCUUUAGCAGACAUUAAGCUCUGGUGACCCACCAGCUUUGUAUAUCCAAUUUAACAGAGAUUAAGAAUUAAUACAUUGUAACAAGGAACUUGGGGUAUGUGGAUUGUGGUUGAGUAAAGAAUCAUGGAAAUAGAGCGUCGAAGCUAUAAACAUGAGGUUCAAUAUUAUCAUUUAAAGAAAAUCUUGUCUGGCACAUGAUUUUCUUUUUUAUGAUGAAACUGGAACAUAUAUUUUCUCUUCUAGUGAGAAGUGAUUUCUGUAAAUUACACGUCGACUCUUUUGACUGCA